AUGGGUCGAUUUCCGCUGCCUACUGAGAAACAGCGUCAUCAGAUUGUCCAGAAUCGUAAAAAUUACGAAUUGAAUCUCUCCGCCAGUCUUCGUAUGCAAUCCACGACACAGCGUGGGACGAGCGUACCCCCGAAAAUUUCGGAGACUUCGGUAGAAACUUCAGACAUGCCACAGGUAAUUGAAGCUGAAGUUGUACGCUCAUCUCCUGGUGUUUUGGUGGUGCAGUAUAAGCAAGAAAGCACUCAGUACACGGGUAUUCUCCUUGCUGAGAACGGUGCAAAUGGAACACCGGGUAUCAUCAGCGAGGAUAUGUCAAGAUUUCGGGAAACAGUUAAAGCAUACGUGGAUGCACCUAUUAUUGAUCAAUGGACAUCUGUAAUUGGUGAGCGAUUUACCACUUCUGGUCUUCAAUUACGCGCUCGGAGUUACAUGCGCAAAAACGGUCGUAUGGUUUGUGCCAGUUGUAUGGAAGCCAUUCCAGAUAAUGAAAUGAUAACACGCAAACACUUCGUUAAUGCCAACCAGCGGAAACUGCAAUCAUUUCCCAAAGAAACGAAACGUAUAGUGGCUCAGUUACCGUCCUCAGAAAAACCGAUAGUUGUUGAUGAGGUUGGAUAUGAAUUGUUGGACGAACAUUUAAGCGGUGAAACAGCAGAUUAUUCCUCAGAUGCCUCCGUGAGUUCAGCACCAUUACGAAGAAGGAAUAAGAGGAAAGCAUAUGUUCCACGUGGUGCCUGUAGCGUCUUGGUUCCUGCGGGAGUGGAUUUAUUCGAACCAGAAUACGACCCUCUUCCCGGGCCUUCAAGUGGUUCAGCGAGAGGGUUGUGCAACGUUGAACCUUCACAUAAACAUGCUAAGGUAUUUGUUGUUUGUUAG